CAUUUGUGUUGAAUGACAGAAGAAAAAAAAAAUUGUGAGCAUAAGAAACAUAAACAAUUUCAUCGUCGGUCUUUUUCCAUUCUCAUUUUCUCGUUGAAUAAAUAAUUUUCUCAGUAAAUUUCAAAACAAGACCAAAUAAAAAAAAAUAGCGAAAUGUCUGAUCGAUUAACACAAUUACAGGAUACAGUUAAUUUGCAAGCUGAACAUUUUUGUAACAGCAUUGGUAUCCUGCAACAGUGUUCGGUUCCGAGUAAAUUCCCGGCAUUUGAACGGAAUGGUGCCCAACAAUCAUCACAAAAUACCCAAGAAGACUAUGCCCAGUUAUUUUCAACACUUAUCUCAAGAUGUGCUAAGGAUAUCGAUACGCUGAUUGAAUCGUUGCCCAAUGAAGACAGUUCACAAGAAUUACAAGCGCAAAGUUUGCAACGCUUGGAAAUGGAAAAUCAAGAAGCCGCAAAACGUUUAGAAGAAAUUAUCGAUCGAGGUCAGAAAACACUGGAAAAAAUUCAGGCUGCUCUCAGCGAUAUCGCACAAGCUCAACUCGAUAUAUCAUCAUCAGUCCCGUCAGAAUAAAUAUGAUAGCAUACAGAUAAACUUCAUCAUUUUGUCACCUCAAUCACAAAAAAAAACAAACGAAAUGAAAUCAAUGAGAUAUAUUUAGAGAUACGUAAUGCAAAUGUAAUUGUAAUGACAGAAUAAAAAAUCCACAUCAAUAAAUGUAAACAAA